AUGAACGACCUUCUCGAUCAGAGCGAAAUCGACGCCCUGCUCUCGACCUCCGGGAGCGUCGAGACCGUCGAUCCCGAGACCGGGCCGAAGGUGUUCUCCCGCUCGGGCCGGACGAUCGACAUGAGCGAGGUCCGCCCGUACGACUUCAAGCGGCCCGAGCGCGUGUCGAAGGACCAGAUGCGGUCGAUCGAGACGCUGCACGAGGGGUUCGCCCGGAUCUUCGGCGCGUCGCUCUCGGGGUACCUGCGGACGAUCGUUGAGGUGAAGGUCGCGACGUGCGACCAGAUGACGUACGCGGAGCUCAUCGCGUCGCUGCCGAACCCGACGAGCUUCAACAUGCUCGACACGUCGCCCAUGGACGGGACGAUGUGCCUCGAGGUCAGCCCGCUGAUCAUCUACCCGAUCAUCGACCGUCUGCUCGGCGGGACGAAUCAUGAGUUGUUCAUCCCGCAGCGACCGCUCACGAUGAUCGAGACGAAGCUCAUCGACAAGGUGAUCAACCGAGCGAUCGAAUCGCUCGAGGACGCGUGGUCGGGCAUCAGCGAGCUCAAACUCAAGCUCGCGGGGAGCGAGUCGAACCCGCACCUCGUGCAGAUCGUGCCGCCGAACGAGGUGGUCAUCGUGGUCUCGUUCGAGAUCAAGAUGGGCACGCGGGCGGGCACGAUGAACCUCUGUAUCCCGUUCAACGUGAUCGAAUCCGUUAUCGAGGACCUCGCGGCGCAGUCGUGGUUCAGCCUCGGGACGGGCGACAAGGACUCGAGCUUCGCGAACCGCAUCUCCAAGCACCUCUCCGGCGCGACGCUCGACGUCGCGGGCGUGCUCGCGGAGACGACCAUCACCGUCGACGACCUCGUCAACCUGAGCGUGGGCGACCUGAUCGUGACGGAGAAGCUCUCGACCCUCCCGGCCGUGGUGACGGUCGAGGGCGAGCACAAGUACACGGCGCAGAUCGGGACGUUCAAGGGGGCGCGGGCGAUGCGGAUCAGCGACCGGAUCGAGCCGCCGGAGGCGGAUCCCCCGCCGCCGCCCAGGAAGAAGCCCACGCCGAAACCGGAACCCGAGGGCCGCCUGUGCGUCUUCCGCGAUCUGCCGGACUUCGAGCAGCGACGUGACGCCGAUCGACGUGACGACCUCGACGAGCGUGAGGUCCAGGACGACGCGAUCGGCCUCCUUGAGCGAGACGAUCUGUUCGACGGUCCUCUUGAGAUCGGCGGCGGUGACGUGCGUGAGCUGGCUCGGCACCCGUACAAUAUGCGUACGUUCAUCGUCGCCUGCGGUAUCGACGGGGAGGGCGGUCAUGGUUCACAGCAUCGGAUGCGGGGCGCGCCGGGUCAAUCCGUGGGGUCCGCCCGGAUUGACAUUGAGCCGUCACGACGGGUACCAUCCUCUGUUCGGAAACUGUUGGAGCGGGUUUAUGUCACCCGGUCCUUCGAUGGAUAUGGAGCAGGAAUGCGGUUCGAUGAUGUGAUCGGACCCGACAUCCCGGGUGUCCUCGGACGUGUUCUGCGUCCGAAGGCGCGAGAUCAGGACGGCAACGAGGCCAGGGCCAUGAACACACAGGAAAUGAUGCGCGUCAUCGACGCGAUCGCGCGAGACCGGAACAUCGAUCGGGACACCCUGAUCGGCGACCUCGAGCAGGCGCUCGUUUCCGCGGCGCGCAAGUACUACAACAGCCUCGAUACCGAGGAGUUCGCGUGCACGAUCGACCGCCUGAGCGGUGAGAUCGCGAUGACGCGCCACGGCGAGCCGCUGGACAUGCCGCCCGAGGCCUUCGGCCGCAUCGCCGCCCAGACCUGCAAGCAGGUGAUGAUCCAGAAGUUCCGCGAGGAAGAGCGCUCGAGCAUCUACGACGAGUUCUCCAAGCGCCAGGGCGAGGUCGUCACCGGCACGGCGCAGCGCUACGAGGGCGGGUCGCUCGUGAUCACGAUCGACCGGGCCGAGGGCUUCAUGCCGCGAUCCGAGCAGAUCCCGGGCGAGCAGUUCCACCCGGGCGACCGCAUCCGUUGCCUGAUCCUCGAUGUGCGGGACGUGGGGAACCAGAUCAAGAUCGUGCUCUCGCGCGGCCACCCGGACUUCAUCCGCCGGCUCUUCGAGGUUGAGGUGCCGGAGGUGUCCGAGCGGAUCAUCGAGCUCAAGGCGAUGGCGCGCGAGGCGGGCUACCGCACGAAGGUCGCGGUUUCUUCGAUCGACUCGAAGGUGGACGCGGUCGGCGCGUGCGUCGGCGUCCGCGGCAGCCGCAUCAAGAACAUCGUGGACGAGCUGAACGGCGAGAAGAUCGACAUCGUCCGCUGGAACGAGUCGAGCCAGAUCCUCAUCCAGAACGCGCUGAAGCCGGCGGAGGUCGCGGAGAUCUCCCUGUGCUUCGAGCUGGGCCGCGCGACGGUCGUCGUGGACGACACGCAGCUGAGCCUGGCGAUCGGCAAGCGCGGGCAGAACGUCCGCCUGGCGGCGCGUCUGACGGGGUGGGACAUCGACAUCCUGACGCCCGAGGAGUUCAACAAGGGCCUGGAGACGAUGUCCACGAACCUCAAGGGCGUGGGCGGGCUCACGGAAGAGAUGCUCGACCGCCUCGCGGCGCUGGGCAUCAUCUCGGUGUUCGACAUCGAGGAGGUCGGCGCCGAGGUGCUGACCGCCGAGCUCGAGCUGCCCGCUGAGGCGGCGCAGGAGGUCGUCGAGAAGGCGAGCACGGUGGCGAAGGACGUCGCCGAGCAGCAGGCCCGUGAGAAGGAAGAGGCCGAGAAGCGCAAGGCCGAGGAGGAAGAGGCGGCCCGUCGCCUGCUCGAGGAGGGCGCGCCGAUCGACGGCGAGGUCUCCGCGGACGCGGCGGCGGCGGCGAUCCUCCAGGCCGGCGCCAGCGCGGCCAAGACCGAGCAGCCUUCCGACGGCGAGGGCGAAUCGGUGAGCGUCACGCAGAGCGACGAAGCCCGGGCCGACGCCAUCCUCGGCGGCGGUUCGGACGACAAGAAGGCGAUCGUUGAGAAAUGCGCCGCCGAGGACAUCCCGGGGAUCACCAACCACAUGUCGAGCGUCUCCGUCGGUCUGGAGGCGACGAUCGUGCAAUGGUUCUCCGACGACGACUCGGGGAGCACCACCGCGGUCGAGACCUCGACGAAGGUGGACCUCAAGAAGGCGCGGGUGAAGACGGCCAAGAAGACCGCGAAGAAGAAGACGGCCAAGAAGGUCGCGCGUCGCGUGACCGGAGAGGGCGACGACUCGGGCGACACGGACGCGAGCGUCGAGACGCCCGCCGAGGAAUCCGCCCCGCCGGCGAAGACCGAGUCGCCCGCGGCGCCGCCCGUGGUCGAGACGCCGGCCGAGCCGGCGCAGGCGGACGAGGCCGAGAAGCCCGCCGAAACAACGAGCGAGCCGCUCGCGCCCGCGGCGUCGGCCGAGACGCCCACCGACGACGGCGGCACGGCCACCGAGCAGCCCAAGCCGGGGGCCCCCGCCGCGAUGCCCAACGUGCCGACGCGACCGAAGGUCGUGAAGCCGGCGGGCCCGCAGUUGGACACCGAGAUGAAGAAGCCGGCGAAGCUGUCCGGCCCGAAGGUUGUCCGUGUCGAAGCGCCGGAGGUGAUCCCCCAGCCGCGUCGUCGCGGCAACGCCGAGCCCUCUAUGCCGAUGUUCCGCGGCCCGCGCGGGGGUGGCGGCGCGGGCGCCAUGCCCCCGAUGAUGCCGGGCGAGGACGACAGCCGCCGAGGCGGCGGCGGCGGCGGUGGUGGCGGCGGCGGUCGCAACAAGCGCCGCUCCGGCGGCCCCGAUUCCGGCGGCGGCAACCGCGGACGUCGGUCCGGACGGACCGGCGAGCCGUCUCGCGGCGGCUCGUGGCGUCAGCAGGACCUGAUCGAGCGUGAGGCGAGGCUCUCGCGGUCGGAGGGCUUCCUCCGUCAGCGCCGGCGAGACCAGAAGAUCAAGAGCCAGCAGUCGUCCUCCAAGAGCGCCUCGCUCGCGGAGACGGGCGGCACGGUCAAGAUCAGCGCCCCGUUCACCAUCAAGGACCUCAGCGCCGCGACCGGUGUGAAGGCCGCGGACAUCGUCAAGAAGCUCUUCAUGGAGGGCAUCAUGGCGAACACCAGCAGCGCGAUCACGGUCGAGAAGGCCGAGGAGAUCAUGCUCGAGUACGACAUCGUGCUCGAGAUCGAGGCGCAGGCGACGGCGGCGGAGCAGGUGGAGCAGUCCUUCGAGGACCGCGACAUGCUCGACGAGCGUCCGCGGAGCCCGGUGGUGACCAUCCUGGGCCACGUCGACCACGGCAAGACGUCGCUGCUCGACAAGAUCCGCAACGCGAACGUCGCGGCGGGCGAGGCGGGCGGCAUCACGCAGGCGACCAGCGCGUUCCGCGUGAACCUGGACGUCGGCGGCGAGCAGAAGACCGUCUGCUUCCUCGACACGCCCGGCCAUGAGGCGUUUAGCGAGAUGCGGUCCCGCGGCGCGACGGUGACGGACAUCGUCGUGCUCGUGGUCGCGGCGGACGACGGGGUGAUGCCCCAGACGCGCGAGUCCAUCGCGCACGCCAAGGCGGCGGGCGUGCCCGUCGUGGUGGCGCUGAACAAGAUCGACCUGCCGAACGCGACGGACGAGAACAUCCAGCGCAUCCUGGGCCAGCUCACCGAGGAGGGGCUCAACCCGACGGACUGGGGCGGCGAGACCGAGGUAGUCCGCACGUCGGCCGCGACGGGCGACGGCAUCACCGACCUGCUCGAGAUCCUGGACCUGCAGGCGCAGCUGCUGGAGCUCCGUGCGGACUUCCAGGGCGCGGCGACCGGCACGGUCAUCGAGUCGCGUCAGGAAGAGGGCCGCGGCGCCGUGGCGAACCUGCUCGUGCAGCAGGGCGAGCUGAAGGUCGGCGACAACAUCGUCGCGGGCCGGGCGUUCGGGCGUGUGCGCGACAUCCUGAACGACCGCGGCGAGCGGAUCAAAGAGGCGACGCCCUCCACGCCGGUGCAGAUCUCCGGCCUGGACGUGCUGCCGGGCGCUGGCGACAAGUUCUACAUCGUCAAGAGCCUCAAGGAGGCGCAGCAGGCGGCGGAGCACGUCCGCGACGAGAUCCGCGAGAAGGAGCUGGCGACGCCGAAGGUGACGCUCGACUCGAUGUUCGCGCAGAUGAAAGACUCGGAGAAGAAGGAGCUGCUCGUGGUCGUGAAGGCCGACGUGCAGGGCUCCGUCGAGGUCAUCAAAAAGUCGGUCGAAGAGAUCUCGACGGACGAGGUCCGCGUGCGGUGCCUCUUCGCGGCGGUCGGCGGCGUGACGGAGUCGGACGUGACGCUCGCGUCGGCGUCCGGCGCGGUCAUCCUCGGCUUCAACGUCAUCCCGUCGAACAAGGCGCGGAAGCUGGCCGAGGAGAAGGGCGUCGAGAUCCGCUCGUACCGCGUGAUCUACGACAUCAUGGACGACAUGAAGGCCGCGGCCGAGGGCCUGCUGGAGCCGGAGCUCCGGGAAGAGGUUCUGGGGCACGCGGAGGUCCGCCAGGUCUUCAAGAUCACGAAAGUCGGCGCGAUCGCGGGCUGCUACGUCACGGACGGGUCGAUCGAGCGGAACGCGCUCAUCCGCGUCACGCGGGACGACAUCGUCAUCGAGCAGGACCGCGUCCUGGAGCAGCUCAAGCGGUUCAAGGACGACGCGAAAGAGGUCAAGGCGGGCCAGGAGUGCGGCAUGAAGAUCGCCGGCUACGACGACAUCAAGGAAGGCGACAUCCUCGAGUGCUUCCGCAAGGUCGAGGACAAGCGGCGCGUGGUGAAGUCCCUCAAGGACCGCCUGCACCGCGAGCACCUGGUGAGCGUCGCGGAGGUCGCCGCGCAGGACCACCUGCGCCUGGGCGUCCUCGGCGUCUCGUUCGUCUCGGGCGAUCCGGAGCGUGUGAGCGCCGUGCUGGACGCCGUGGAGCGGAAGAUCGACGGCGGGACCGAGUACCGCACGGGCGGCCGUCGCCGGAGCGUGAUCAGCUCGGACUCGUUCUUCAAGGGCCAGCUCUCCGAGGGCGAGCCCGCGUGGACCGACGAGGACGCGAAGGCGUUCGAGGUCGCUUCCGUGAUCAAGCGCGCGGUGCAGAAGGUGCUGGCCGAGGGCCUCUCCGACCCGCGCCUGGCGCCGAUCAUCACGGUGACGGACGUGAAGGUCACGCGAGACCUCAAGGACGCGAGCGUGUACGUCACGAUGCUGCCCGAGGACCAGAAGGACCUCACGAUGCACGGGCUGCGCUCGGCGUCGAAGCACGUGCGUCACGUGAUCUCGAACCAGAUCGCGCUGCCCAAGGCGCCCGUCAUCCAUUUCAAGCACGACACCGGCGCGCAGAACCAGGCGGGCGUCCUCCGGGCGCUGUCGGAGCUGCGCGACGAGAACAACCCAUCCGAAGACCACGCACACACCGUCGCCCCGGAACCCAAAGCGGGCGACGCGGAGGCCGUGACCAAGUCGUUCGCGCCGGCGGAGCCGUACGAGCCGAUGACGCCCAUCAACGAGCUCGUCUUCUCCUUCCUCCUGUGGAACACGACGAGCACGAAGGCGAACAUCGCGUUCAAGAAGUUCAGCGGGGCGUUCGUGGACGACAACGAGCUCCGCGUCACGCAGGCGGACGAGCUCGCCGAGAUGCUCGGCGUGCAGUACCCGAACCUCGAGGAGCGGGUGCAGCGGAUGCUCGCGGCGCUGGACGAGGUGUACAACCGCGAGCACGAGGUGAGCAUCGCGUCGUGCCUGGAGAUGUCCAAGCGCGACGGGCGGAAGUAUCUCGAGACGAUCGAGGGGAUCACGCCGUACGUCAGCGCCCGGAUGACGCUCGUGACGCUCGGCGCCCACGCGGUGCCGAUCGACGACCGGAUGCUCGAGUCCAUGAUCGCGAUGGAGCUCUUCGAACCGGGCACAGCCGUGACGGACGCGAUCGGCGCGAUGGAGCGCGUGGUCCGCGCGAGCGACGGCCCCGGGGUGUACGACGCGCUGCAGGCGUGGGCGGACGAGGGGUGCCCGGAAAUCGCGAGCAAGGGCGGCAAGAAGCGUGAGCGGUCCGAAUCCGGGGGUCCGCGCGUGCGUACUAUGGGUGUGAUGUCCACCAACGCGAGAACACACCGUGCGUCCCCGCUCCUGCUGGCCGCGCUGAUCGCGCUCGCGGGGUGCGCGUCCUCGGUGCAGACCGGCUCGACCGACGGGCCGCCGCGCACGCUCGAGCGAGUCGACCGGAUGGUCGAGCGCGAGCGGGCGAGGGUCCGGCUGACGGAUGGCGUGCCGCUGCCGCCGCUGGUCGACCCGGCGCUGCUCGAGCCCGUCUCCGCGGAGAGCGAGCGGGCGUUCCUCACGCUCGACGAGGCGGCCGCCGAUUUCCCGAUGCCCGAACCGGUCCUCGAGGCCCGCGAGCCCGUGACGGACACGUCAAGGCGCUCGCCGGCGCUGCGGGCGUACAUCAAGGGCCUGCACGCGCUCCGCGCAGGCGAGUACGACGACGCGGUCGAUCGGCUCACCACCGCGACGCGCCUCACGCCGGGCAGCGUCGAGCCGUGGCUCGCGCUGGGCGAGGCGUACCGCGGGAUGGGCAACCGGAUCGCGGCGUCCGGGGCGUACCGGCGUGUCAUCGAGCUCGACCCGACGAACCCCGACGCGCUGGACGUCUUGAGCCUCCAGGCGAUCACCCUCGGCCGGACCGACGAGGCGCUGCCCUACCUCUUCUCGCUGCGGGCGAAGCUCGGGAGCGUCGAGGACGGGGCCCUGCCCUUUCUGACCCACGACCGGCUCGGCCGGGCGCUCGGCGAUCUCGGCUACGACCGCGCCGCGGCGGAGGCGACCUCGCUCGCCGUGGACCUCCCCGCGCGGGCGCCGUAUUCCCCGACGCACCAGGACGAGCUCUCGGCGCUGUACCGCGAGCGGGGCGAGCGGGCGGUGCGCGUGGGCGACGCGAUGAUGCGGCUCGGCGACCCCGUCGCGGCCGGGGAGUGGUACGAGCGUGCCUACCGGCUUGACGGCGUGGACCAGGCCGAAGCGCUGGCGCGCCGGCUGUACGCGAUGCUGCGUCUCGGACGCCCCGCCAAUGCGAUCAAGGCGCUGACCGAAUCGAUCCUGACCGAGCGGGUGAGCGUGAACGGCGAGACGUCCCGGUUGCUCGAGUAUGUCGCGUCGCGACUUGAGGACCGCGGGCUGCUGGGACGGACGCUCGUGGAGUCCGCGGGUCUGCUCGACGAGGACCGCGCCGCGCGGCUCCGGCCGGCGUUGCUCCGCGCGAGCGCUGUUUCGAUGGGCACGGACGGGGCGACCGGGUACCUGCUGACGCAGCUGCGUGCGGAUCCGCGGAACGACGACGCGCGGCGGCUGCUCUUCGAGCUCAUGAGCACGACGCCCGCUCCCGACCGCGCGGGCACGCUCGUCUCGCUCAUCGCGCUCGCCCCGGAGACGGGGCGUAGCGUCGCGGCGCAGGCCUCGUGGCUCUGGGAUUCGCUCACGGAGAUCGCGGACGCGGUCGAGAUCGACGAAUCGGCGCCGGCGGAGGUUGUCGAUUCCAGGGCGUACGUCAGAGGGCUGCUCUACUCCGUCAACGGCGAACCCGGCGGGGCGCUCGAGUCGUGGGACGCCGCGUCCUUCGGCACGCCGAUCGGGCGCAUGGCCCGUGCGAUGCGGGCCCAGGAACUCGUCCGGGCGGAUCGGUGGGACGACGCCACGGCCGAGCUCGCGAAGAUGACCGACGCCACCAGCCCGUGGACGCAGGUGGAGGUCGCCAACGCGUGGUCCAUGCUCGAACGCUACGAGGACGCGCUGGCCGCGGCACAGCGCGCCGAGACGCUCGCGGCCAACAAUCCCGAGGCGACGGCCGAGGCGCUGGUCACGCGGGCGCGGGUGCUCGCGAGGGCGGGGCGGUCGGUGGCCGAGGUGUUCGGCGUGCUCCAGCGUGCGAACCGCGCGGCGCCGUCGUACCUGCCCGCCGCGACGCAGCUCUACACGCUGAGCUACCGGAUCGACAGCGCCGACGGCCAGCGGUUCCGUGAACGUGUCCUGAAUUCGCUCGGGCCGCUGCCGGAGGGCCACCCGCUGACGACGAUGAGCCAGGCGCAGGACCUGAUCCUCUCGGGGCGCACGAGCGUGGCGUACCGCAUCCUGCGCGAUGCGGCGAACGACGAUGCGCCGGACCCGGGCGUCGACCAGCUCUAUUUCGCGAUCCUCAACGCCAGCCGGCUCUACGAGGAAGGGAUCGAGUGGCUCGACGCGCGCGCCACGCAGGCGCCCUACGAGUCCCGGUACACCCUCUGGAGGUCCGAGCUGCUGCUGGGCCUCGACCGCGACACGUCCGCCGCGGAGCUGCUCGAGUCAUGGCUCGAGCGGUACCCCGGCGACGACGAGGUGCGCGUGCAGCUCGCGGACAUCUACCGGCGUGAGUUCGAGCGUGAACGCGACGCGGACGGGCUCGUGCUCGCGAUGAUCGAGAGCCGGCCGUUCUCCGUCGAGCGAGAGAUCGUGCGGCUCCAGAUCGAGCAGCGCCGCGCGAACGUCCCGGGGAUGACAGCCGUGCUCGAGCGUCUCGGGCCGGUGUACGACCGGCUCACCGACGAGCAGCGCACCGGCAUCCAUUCGUUCGUCCAGGGGAUCGCCCGCCAGGCGACGCGCCUCGGGCUCGACCCCGGGGAGAUGCACGAGUUUUUGCGCACGCUGAUCCGCAUCGAUCCCUCCGCGCCGCCGACGCUGCGGUCGGACGCCGCGGCGUUGGCGUACCAGAGCGGCGGCGACGCGCCCGAGCUCGUCUCGCUGUUUUUCGAGGGCGAGAUCACGCCCGAGCAGCGCCGCGAGGCGCUCGAGGCGUUCCUGCUCGUGACGUUUGGCAUCCAGCGGAUGGACGACCGGGUGUUCGGGUUCUUCGAGCUGCUCAACGAGCGUUCCGAAGGUGACGGGGGGCUUUCGCGCCAGGUGUACCUCGCCUCGCUCUGGUUCUCGCUCGCGAAGCUGGAGGGUGUCGACCGCAGCGAGGAGGAGCUGUACGGGCGCACGUGCGACGCCAUCCGGGCGACGAUCCGUUCGAUGGCUGACGAGGGCCUGUUCGAGGAGCUCUUCGACGGGACCGCCUCGCUCCUGAGCGAGCCGAUCGAGCGGGUGUUCCGGUUCACGCCGACGGCCGAGAUGCUCGCGUACGACUGCGCGAUCGCGGUGAGCGCGACCGGCGCGCCGGACGCGGAGAGCGACCGGCUCUACCGGUUCAUCCUCGGUCGGGACCCCGAUCACGCGGAAGCCAACAACAACCUCGGCUACCGGAUGCUCGAACGCGGCGACGACCCGCGCGAGGCGUACGAGCUCAUCCGGCGGGCGUACAUGGCCGAGCCGGCUCGGGCGCACAUCGUCGAUUCGUACGGCUGGGCGCUGCACAAACUCGGGAUGCACCGCGAGGGCCCGGACGGCGGCCCGGGGGCGAUCGAGGUGCUCAGGCGCGCCGAGGACCUCGUCCGCCAGCAGAUCCGCGCCAACGAGCGGAACGCCGCCGCCCAGCUGCGCGGCCCGGACAAGCAGGAAUCGCUCGAGGACGCGUUCUACGGCCAGGUGACCCUUGUGGUCGUCAUCGAUCACCUGGGCGACGCCCUCUGGGCGGCCGGGGAGCGGGAAGAGGCCAUCAAGAUGUGGAACCUCUCCGCGGCGAACGCGGAAUCGUUCGGGCUGAUCGACCGCCCCUUCGAGGUCCCCGACGCCGUCGUCGAGGAGUACUCGCGGGUGGCCGACGCGUGCCGGGCGAAGGUCCGCGCCGCGAACGAGGACCGGGACCCGCUCGCGAUCGCGGAGACGGCCGGCUCGAGCACGUCAGCCAUGGCCGGCCACAGCAAAUGGGCGAAUAUCAAGCACCGCAAGGCCCGCGUCGACGCCAAGAAGGGCACGAUGUGGAGCAAGUGCUCCAAGGCGAUCAUCGUCGCGGCCAAGCACGGCGGGGGCGACCCGACCAUGAACCUCGCGCUGCGGUACGCCAUCGACGAGGCCAAGGCCGCGAACAUGCCCAAGGACAACAUCGAGCGCGCCAUCAAGAAGGGCGCGGGCGAUGACCAGGACGCGAACAACUACGAGGACGUCCGCUACGAGGGCUACGGGGUGAAUGGUGUCGCGGUGAUCGUCGACUGCCUCACCGACAACCGCAACCGCACCGCCCCCGAGAUGCGCGCCAUCUUCUCCAAGCACGGCGGCAACCUCGGCGCGAACGGGUGCGUGAGCUACAUGUUCCAGGCGAAGGGGAUCGUCUCCAUCGAAGAGGCGAACGCGAGCGAGGACGCGCUGAUGGAACUCGCGCUGGAGAACGGCGCGGAGGACGUGGCGAACGAGGACGGGUACUGGACCGUCACCUGCGAGCCGGCGGACUACCUGACGGUCAAAGAGGCCAUCGAGGGCGCGGGCAUCGAGAUCGCGUCGAGCGAGCUGACGAUGAUCCCGGACACCCCCACCGCCGUCGCGGGCGGCGACGUCGCGAAGGUCCUCCGCCUCGUCGAGGCGCUGGAGGACAACGACGACGUGCAGAAGGUGUACACCUCCAUGGAAGCGAGCGACGCGGUCGUCCUCGUCGAGCCCGAAGUGGUGGCCGAUCUCGUGGAGGACGGUGAUGCGGAUCUCGUCGUAGACGACGUCCUCGUCCGCCCAGCCGCCGGCGUGGGCGACGAUGCCGCGACGGAAGAUCCGGAUCUCCUCGGGCAGGUCGACGCCUUCCUCGACGCUCUUCUCCGUGAUGGGCACGCCCGUAUGAAGGCCGCAGAGCUCCUCCCGGAGGUCGUCCGCGGUGGUGGGGUCGCCCUCGGGCAAGUCGGAGAGGAGCUCGCGGAGGAUGACCUCGGGGGGCUCGUCGUCGACGAUGAGGGGCACCUCGGCGAGCAGGUCCAUCACCCUGGGAGGGAGGCGCUCGACGACCUCGUCGAGCAGGUCGUCGAAACGGUCGCGUUCCUCGUCGGUCAUGGGCAGAUCGUACAGAAGCGGGCGAAACCCGACCCGAUGGACCUUGAUCAACGCAUCGCCCAGUUCGAGAACAUGGCCCAGGCCGAUCCGGAUAACGAGAUGGCCCACUUCUCGCUCGCCAGCGCGUACGCGCAGGCCGAGCGGUUCGCCGACGCCGCCAACAGCUACAUCGCCUGCACCAAGGCGAACCCGGAGAUGAGCAAGGCGUUCCAGCUCGCGGCGGAGAACUUCGUCAAGGCCGGGGACGAGGCGCAGGCGAAGGAGGCGCUGAGCGCCGGCUACGAGGUCGCGGCGAAGCGCGGCGACCUGCUCCCGAAACGCGCGAUGGCGGAGAUGAUGGAGCAACUGGGGAUGGAGGUCCCCAAGGUCGAGGGCGAGGACACGUCCGUCGAGCAGCUCAUCGCGUCCGGCGCGUUCGUCUGCGCGAAGACGGGCCGACCCGGGACGCAGCUCGACGCGCCGCCCUUCAAGGGUCCGGUCGGGGAGUGGAUCAAGGAGAACAUCUCGGCCGAGACGUGGCGCGAGUGGAUCGGGCAGGGGACGAAGGUCAUCAACGAGCUUCGCCUGGACCUGUCGCGGGACGAAGACGCCGAGACGUACGAUCGAUACAUGCACGAGUACCUCGGGGUCUCCGAGGACGUGCUGGCGGCGAAGUAA